GGAUGACCUCCAAAGGUUGCUUUGAUGAUUCUGUACAAAAUGUAUGUUAAGUACCUACCAUGAUAUCUGACUCAUUACAAACCCUGAACAAGUGUUAGCUGUUACAGUUAUUACUGGAAAAGGCACUGUGCAGGCAAGAGAGAACUGCAGAGGUAAAUUGGUGUAGCACACAGGCUUCAGAGCUAGGCUCGGACUCAAAUCUGUGCUCUGGAACUAAUCAUCUAUGUGGUCUUAGGCAAGUUACUUAACCUCCCUGAAUCUCAGUUUUUCAACUGUCAAAUGGAGAAUAAUUAUAGACCCCACUUCAUGGAGAGGUCAUGAGGAUUAAAUGAGAUAAUGCAUAUGAAGUGCUUGACACAGUUCCUGGUACGUAACAGAUGCUCAAUAAAUCAUCGUGCUGACGAAGCAGAGGAAGAGGAGAGUAUAAUGGUGGGUGUUUUUGCCCUGCCAGUGGCCACGUGAGAAAGUGUGUGAUGUUCAGGUACUUGUGCCUGUGAAUUGGUUGUGUGGGAACUUUGGAUUGUCUGGGGGUGUAUGAGUAUGUAGACAUAUAUGGUGUUAGGCCACUUCUGGCCUUCCUUUUCUCCCUGUGUCUUUGAACCUGAAGUCAGCAAAGGGUGCUCGAGGGAGUCUGGACUAUUUCCAACUUUCCUUCUUGGAGACACUUAUCUGCUGCCUUCCUCAGUCUCCCCUUCUCUCAGUGAGGUUGUAAGGAAUGAGUUCUUUUUUGGACUUAGGCCUGUGGCUCCUCUGUGACCUCUGAUUUGUGUCCUUUGCCCUCCUAGAAUCCAGCCUUGUCACAUCAUCCUGCCCCCUUGGUUUUGGAAGUCCUGGAAACAGUCGGUCUGGAGGAGGAGGACAUUGAUGUGCUCAGUUUGCAGCCAGUGGUGAAGAGAUGGCUGCUCCUGUCCCGUGGGCCUGCUGUGCUGUGCUCGCUGCCACUGCCGUCGUCUACGCCCAGAGACACAGUCCUCAGGAAGUACCCCACGUGCAGUACGAGCGCCUAGGUUCAGAUGUGACUCUGCCAUGUGGGACAGCAAACUGGGAUGCAGCAGUGACAUGGAGGGUAAAUGGGACAGACCUGGCCCCCGACCUGCUCAACGGCUCUCAGCUUGUUCUUCAUGGCUUGGAACUGGGCCACAGCGGCCUCUAUGCCUGCUUCCACCGUGACUCUUGGCACCUGCACCACCAGGUCCUCCUACAUGUGGGCUUGCCGCCGCGGGAGCCCGUGCUCAGUUGCCGUUCCAACACUUACCCCAAGGGCUUCUACUGCAGCUGGCAUCUGCCCACCCCUACCUACAUCCCCAACACCUUCAAUGUGACUGUGCUGCACGGCUCCAAAAUCAUGGUCUGUGAGAAGGACCCAGCCCUCAAGAACCGCUGCCACAUCCGCUACAUGCACCUGUUCUCCACCAUCAAGUACAAGGUCUCGAUAAGUGUCAGCAAUGCCCUGGGCCACAAUGCUACAGCUAUCACCUUCGACGAGUUCACCAUUGUGAAGCCUGACCCUCCAGAAAAUGUGGUAGCCCGACCAGUACCCAGCAACCCUCGCCGGCUGGAGGUGACUUGGCAGACUCCUUCGACCUGGCCUGACCCUGAGUCCUUUCCUCUCAAGUUCUUUCUGCGCUACCGACCCCUCAUCCUGGACCAGUGGCAACAUGUAGAGCUGUCAGAUGGCACAACGCACACCAUCACAGAUGCCUAUGCUGGGAAGGAGUACAUCAUCCAGGUGGCGGCCAAGGACAAUGAGAUUGGGACAUGGAGUGACUGGAGCGUGGCUGCUCAUGCCACACCCUGGACUGAGGAGCCACGACACCUCACCACUGAGGCCCAGGCUCCGGAGACCACGACCAGCACCACCAGCUCACUGGCACCCCCACCCACCACGAAGAUUUGUGACCCUGGGGAGCUGGGCAGCGGCGGAGGACCCUCAGCACCCUUCUUGAUCAGUGUCCCUGUAACUCUGGCCCUGGCUGCCGCUGCCGCCACUGCCAACAGUCUUCUGAUCUGAGCCCGGCAUCCCGUGAGGACAUGCCAGCGCACCUGCAGAGGAGCAGGAGGCCGGAGCUGAGCCCGCAGACUCCAGUUUCUAUUUUGCACACGGGCAGGAGGACCUUCUGCAUUCUCUUCAAACAUAAUUUGUAGAGACCCCGGCAGGCCUGGGCCUGCCACCCCCUAGCCCUGCCACACCACGUUGGCCCUCCUUGGUCCCUCAGGGGAGGAGGACCCCGCAGCUAACCCACCCACCAAAGACCCCCCAC